AUGGCUGGGUGUGCCGUGGAAGUCUCAAUUUUGAACCUCAGCUUUCUACUGGAGAAGAAAUUGUCCUGGAUGGGGGGAACGAUUACCUUGAUGACAAGAGUUCACAGUGAAAUCUCUGAGAUAAAGCUCGAGCUCGAGAGCAUGAGAUCUUUUGUAAGGGAUGCUGAAAGGUACAAAGACCAGAUUCACAGGCUUAGUGUUUGGCUGGCACAAAAUUCACCUCCCAGAAGAGCACUCUUGAGUUAUCGAACCGCCACCAAGUUGAAGAAAAUCAAAGCCAUAGCCGAAAGAAGAGAUAUGAUCUGGGUCAUUUCAAAGAAAGUUCAACUUCAAGCUCAGAUCACAGUCCCAGCAGGGUGGAGAAUCUGGGGGAGUGUUCCUUCUUCGUUGAGAGUGACAAUGUUGUAG